AUGAUUACGUUCAAACCCUUGUCGGGUGCUGCCAGGUCAUCCAGGACCAUACCAUUGGCGUACCUACUUCAAGUUGAUGAUGUCCGUAUAUUGCUGGACUGUGGUUCCCCAGACUGGUGCCCCGAAGCCUCGUCCUCGGCUGUGAAGACUGAAGACAUCGAAGAGAGAGUAUACCACUGGGAACAGUACUGCGACGCAUUGAAAGAAUGCGCUCCAUCUGUGGACCUCGUACUGCUCUCGCACGGAGACUUGGCUCACUCAGGCUUCUACCCGUACGCAUUCUCGAGAUGGGGACUGAAGGCGCCGGCGUACACUACUCUACCUGUACAAGCUAUGGGUCGCGUGGCUGCUGCAGAAGACGUGGACGGCGUGCGGGACGAGGAGGACGUCGGCGAUGACGAGGACAAGAAGGAAAGCGACGCGGAUGCCAUGGACACGUCUACGGAUGUGGAGUCAGCAAAGGAAAAGAAAGGCAGGAAGUAUGUUGCGACGGUCCAGGAAGUGCAUGAAGCGUUCGACUCCAUCAACGUCUUACGUUAUUCACAACCAUGCCAUCUACAAGGGAAGUGCCAGGGGUUGACCAUUACGCCGUUCAAUGCUGGCCACACUCUGGGAGGUACCAUAUGGAAGAUCCGCUCCCCUUCUGCUGGUACCAUCCUCUACGCGGUAGACAUGAAUCAUAUGAAGGAGAGACACUUGGAUGGGACGGUGCUCAUGCGGCAAGCCGCCGGCGGUGUCUUUGAGCCACUAGCCCGGCCUGACCUGCUCAUCACCGACGCGGAGCGGGCCAACGUGCUCAGCAGUCGCAGAAAAGACCGUGAUGCAGCGCUCAUCGACACCAUUACCACCACUCUAUCAUCCCGGCACUCCGUGUUGAUGCCGUGCGACUCUUCGACGCGCGUCCUGGAGCUGCUAGUACUGCUAGAUCAAGCAUGGAACUACUCUCGUAUAAAGUUCCCUAUAUGCUUGCUCUCGCGGACUGGGCGCGAGAUGCUCACGUUCGUCCGCAGCAUGAUGGAAUGGCUGGGUGGGACAGUCAACAAAGAGGACGUGGGUGAGGAUGGCACCAGGCAAAGUCAGCAGCAGAAUAAAAGGAAACGAGUCGAUGAGGACGGUGACGAAGAUGCACUGGGUGCCUUUGCUCUGCGGUUCAGGCACCUUGAGAUAUUCCCGACCCCUCAGCAUCUCACACAGACGUACUCUUCGAAGGAUCCAAAGCUGAUUCUCGCUGUUCCAGCUUCACUGUCGCAUGGCCCAUCGAGGAUAAUAUUCUCAGAAUUCGCCGCUAUCCCUGACAACGUCGUGCUGUUGACAGGACGGAGCGAGGAAGGCACACUUGGACGUAUCCUGUUCGACACGUGGAAUAAUGCGCAACGAGCUGAGCACAAGUGGGACAAAGGUAAAAUUGGAAGCAACAUUAUGAUGGAUGGCAUUCUCCACAUGAAGAUGAACUCCAAGGUCCCCCUUCAGGGCGCCGAACUCGAAGAGUUCCUCCAAAAGCAGCGCGCCGCCCAAGAAAAAGAGGCGGCUCAGCAAGCCGCGAUGCAGCGCACGCAACGGCUAUUGGAAGCUGAUGAAGAUGAUUCUGAAGACGAAGAUGAAGACACGGACGAAGAGGAUGAAAAUGAAGUGGCCUUGGUGCUCGGCGAUGAGAUGGACACUGCUGGUGAUUUACAAGGUCCGACAACGGGGCUCAUCGAGCCUGGUAGCGGUGGCGGCAGGGGAAAGGGGGGCCAGGGCGGGGAUGCUGACUGGACCUUGGAUGCCGAUGAGGGUGUCACCAAACAGCUUUCCUUUGAUAUCUACAUCAAAGGAAACGUCUCAAAGGCCACAUCAUUCUUCAAAAAAGACGGGGGACAGAACCAGAGGUAUCGGAUGUUCCCUUAUGUCGAGAAAAAGAGGCGAGUGGAUGAAUAUGGUGAGACGAUUGACGUGGGCAUGUGGUUACGCAAAAGCAAGGUCUUCGAGGAGGAUGAUACGGGAGAAGAUGCGAAGCGAAAGCAAGCCGAAGAGGAGACUAAGAAAGCACCUCCGGAGCCACCGUCCAAAUUUGUUACCAUCGAGAUUGACGUGCAGCUCGCUUGUCGUCUUCUUUUCAUUGAUUUAGAAGGUCUCAACGAUGGCCGAGCAGUCAAGACUAUCGUGCCCCAGGUCAACCCGCGUAAAAUGAUUAUUGUCCAUGCACCAGAGCCGUCCACGAAUGAACUUAUCGAAGCUUGCGCAAAUAUUCGAGCUAUGACCAAAGACAUCUUCGCUCCGGCCCCACUUGAGACAGUGCAAAUUGGCCAACACACCCACAGCUUCUCCAUCUCUCUGAGCGAGGACCUGCUAGCGUGCACGAAGCUCUCCAGGUUCGAAGAUAACGAAGUCGGUUAUGUGACGGGUCGUGUCAUAAUUCACGCAGGAUCUACGAUCCCCACUCUUGAGCCAAUAUCGACCGGUCCCUCCGCUCGUGCUCAAACCACGCAGAAGGCUUUAGCCGGAGGUAGGCGACCGCUGGGAUCCCGACCUCCGAUAACCCUACCCCAUUCCACAAUGAUCGGCGAGUUGAAGCUGACUGCCCUGAAAGCCAAAUUGACGUCAGUGGGCAUUGCGGCGGAACUGGUGGGUGAGGGCGUGCUUAUGUGCGGCAAGCGAAAAGGAGGCAGUAAGGGGGACAGCGUACUGGGCAUGGAGGAUAUGGUCGCCGUGCGGAAGACAGGACGAGGAAAGGUGGAGCUUGAAGGGUCGGCGAGUGAGGUGUACUACACCGUAAGGAAGGAGAUCUAUGGGCUACACGCGCUUGUGGCUGCUUAGGUUAGAAACCAAUGAUAUCCUCGGUAAAUAGUCACUAGUCGUGGUCCAUGGUUUUGGGGUGAAGACAGUGAAAUGGCUUUCAGUUCUUCUUUUACGUGCGAG